AUGGAUGUAGACGCCAAUUUGGAUGCUUCUGAAGAUGUUUUGCUGGAGGUUCAAAAACCAACAAUUGGCCAAAAUCAGUACAAGAACUGUCGUAUUGAAGCUACUGUAGCUCGCCGGAGGUUGCAGCUUGGACUUCUUGGCAGUACCAAUACAACAAAGGCAUUAACAGUUUUGCAAAAACGGCAACUUGUGAUGGAUCAACUUGCUCAGGAUCCUCUUAAUUGUUGUGGUCCUUGUAUUAUUUGUGAAGCCAUUGUUGCUGAGACAGGUUAUUUAUUAAUAAGUGGGAAAUGGCUUGGUCUCUGGGUAGUACCCAACAACCGCUUGAAGACUACUAUUGGGUAUCCUCUCAUUCACUUAGUUGUUAACCCCCAAAUAGGUAUGCCUCUUCAAAAUACAACAGAUUGUGGGAGUGUAACUACAGAAAUGUAUGGGUACACUAAUGCUUUGCGAGAGUACUUCUCACCCCACCUUUCACCUGAUGAGCUUCCUGCUCACGGAUUCCUGAAAAGUGUCCAUAAUAUUAUAAUUGAACAUGGCUGGCACUUAUUGCGGAUUCAAUGGGGUGAUAAUGUAAAGGUUUUUGGGAAACAGGUCAUGGGAUAUACAAUGAAUAAUGAUCAUUAUGUUACUUAUAGUAAUUUAGUACAAUGGUUGUGGCUGAGGUUAAUCCAGCAAGAACUCAACAACUUGAAGCACCACUUCAAUACUCAUGUAGUCCGACAUGAUAAAGACAAGUUACUGCUAUCUGGUGUCUCACCAAACAUAGUAUAUGCUUUGUACAAAGAUUACAAUGCUGAAAAUUGCUUACAACCAGUAGAUUGUACUAUUAUCAAAGCAUUGAUGGAAGAAAUAGGUGGUGAAGAUUUUAAACAUUUUGCAACACUCGAGUACAGCAUUCAAGCUCAAGAGGUUUUUAACGGACUUGGCUUUACAGAACUCUCUUUUCAGAAUAUCUAUUACGAUAACACAUUUUUGGACCUUUAA